AUGGCCUUCCUCUGGAUCCUGUCCUGCCUUGCCUUCGUCGGCGCCGCCUACGGAUGCGGCUCUCCCGCCAUCCCCCCCGUCAUAACGGGUUACUCUCGCAUCGUGAACGGAGAAGAGGCACUCCCCCACUCCUGGCCCUGGCAGGUGUCCCUGCAGGAUUACACCGGCUUCCACUUCUGUGGCGGCUCUCUGGUCAACGAGAACUGGGUGGUGACCGCCGCCCACUGCAACGUCAAGCUGUCCCACCGUGUGAUCCUCGGAGAGCACGACCGCUCUUCCAACGCUGAAGACAUCCAGGUGAUGAAGGUCGGCCAGGUGUUCAAGCACCCCAGCUACAACGGCUUCACCAUCAACAACGACAUCCUGCUGGUGAAGCUGGCGUCCCCCGCCGUGAUGAGCGUCCGCGUGUCCCCCGUCUGCGUCGCCGAGGCCGGAGACAACUUCCCCGGAGGCAUGAAGUGUGUGACGAGCGGCUGGGGGCUGACCCGCUACAACGCUGCUGACACCCCCUCCCUGCUGCAGCAGGCCUCCCUCCCCCUGCUCACCAACGAUGAGUGCCGUCGCUUCUGGGGAAGGAAGAUCAGCGAUCUGAUGAUCUGCGCCGGAGCCUCCGGAGCCUCGUCCUGCAUGGGAGACUCUGGUGGUCCUCUGGUCUGUGAGAAGGCUGGAGCCUGGACUCUGGUGGGCAUCGUGUCCUGGGGCAGUGGUACCUGCACCCCCACCAUGCCCGGGGUCUACGCCCGCGUCACCGAGCUGCGCAGCUGGAUGGACCAGACCAUCGCUGCCAACUAAACUGUCAGAACCUCAAUAAAACCCUCUGAAACACUU